AUGCAAACUAAAACCCAACCGUCAAACAACUCCAUAGAGGAUAUGAGAAUUCAUGUUGCGAAUGAAGGAAAGGGAGAAGAAGCUCCUCUCUUUCUUUCUCCGAGUUUGUUUCGCUUAGAACUCCCCUUUUUCUGUCUAUGUUCUGCACCCGGUAGAGAUGGAGUCACUAAUGUAGUUAAAGGGAUGGAGAGAAACAAAAAAGGUGUUGAUGAAAUGGAACUUGAUCUCAAAGAUCUCUAGGAACAAGCUCCUCUUGGUUGGUGGUGUUAAAAGCUUUAUAUAAUGAGAGGAUAAAAGUGCUGGAGCAGUUUUCUCAUCUACAGGCUGAAGGUAAAGAAAUUGAACCAGGGAGAUGG